AUGCCCAGGGACCCGCUAAAGCACACGUCUGCGACUCCUCCCUCCCGAUCGGCACACCCUUACAGAUCCCCCGUGCGGCAGUACUUUUCAAGACGUGAUCGCAGCCGAGGCAUUCCCGAGAUUCCCGUCGACGCCGAAUCCUGGGUCGGUAUCUACAGCGGCUGGGCUCUUUUAUGGGGAUGUCUGUUUUUACUGAUUCCGGUUUGUUACGUCUACAUUGCCUUGACGCUACUGCGUGAAUUGUGUUUCGCUUUUCCGGACUCUCUUUACGCUUCAAUACAAACGCAUUUGCCCAGUCUGGCGAAUAUUGUGAAUGCUUUGGAGCAGCAUUCUUCGAGGGCGGUCGAAUUCUGGUGCUGGAUUGAAGGAAUUUUUUACAUUGGUUGCAAAUGGCACGUUCGCUGGUUGCAGACGCGAGAUCCACUAGAAGCCUCCCUGUCGGCAGCACCCAUGAUGGAUUUGUCGGAACGGCAAGAAUUGUGGAAUUUCAUGAUGGAAAGUGAACGAGAUAUUGUAGGAUUUCUGCGGGGUUGGUUUUUUGAUCAACCACUCGAAAAUAUUAGCAAGUACGAUGUACGAGACUUUGCCGCCUGGUCGUUGUUUGAAACACGACAUCAGGAGCAUCUGUCGACCAGCGAGCUAGAGCAGCUGGAAGCUUUUGUUGAUGAGAUCCAGGUGAGGAUAUCCUUAGAAUUGUAUGGUGAAGAUUCGGACGAGGAUAGUGUCAGCGUGCAGCUCGACUUUGAACGACGAGAUGAUAUGGAAAUUUGGCAACAUAAUCUUCCAAGACCCACAAAACAAUUUGAGUUCUCGGAGGAGUCGAAUAUUGAAGAACCGAAUUUCUUCUCCAACUUGUACGAGACAUAUCGCACACGGUACGAUCAAAUGGUACGGACGGGUGAAAAUAUGGUGCCUACCUUCCAUACCGUUCAGGAGAUUCGCAAUUUGGUGGCAAAUGCUGACUUUCAUCCGGUGCAGGACCUGCGUAAUAUGGUUGGCAAUACAGCUCAGCGUUUUGCUGAAGCUGAGGAGCACGCCAAGGCUACAGGUCGGCAAGUGUACGAAACACUAGUGCCAACGGGCUCUUCAAUCGAUAAACAAUUGUCAGCGAUGAGUCGCGCAACCUACACUCAGCUCACUGAGGCUUGGAACUCCGUCAAAAACAUAAGCGAACGGCUAGAGACAGCACGAUUUUUAUCGAAGCAGCGACAAAGAUUGCGGCAACAGCUUAAAGGUUACCGGGUCAUGCUUAAUCGAAUGCUUGAAAAAUCUUCGGCUGUUCCGUCCAAGCAAAUGGCUUCUUUAAUGCGUCAAAUUACGGAAUGCAAUCAAGCGAUGGAACAUCUUGAAAGCCGGGCGCAAAACGCUUUUGUGCAAGCUACGGGCUUUGCCCAGCGCACAUUACCUUCCUUUUUGCAACGUAAAGAGCCACAGCAUUUCGCAAAAUACUCGUCGGAUCCACUACUGGGAAUCGCAACCUAUCCCUUGGGAUUCCAUUUGCUAAUUUUGGGGGGAACCGAAAUUCCUUUGAGAAUUCUUAUGGCGAAGCGUGGAUUCACGAGGAAUGUAUGUGGAGCAGUCUCGUACUAUUUUCACCCCGGAUCUUCAACUGACGACGAUGACGAACUCGGUGAGAAGAUGCCGAUUGCGUUCGUACAUGGCAUUGGGAUAGGUCUCAUUGCAUAUAUGCCGCUGAUAGAUCGUCUUCUCGCCACUGGGCGUCCAAUUAUUUUGCCCGAGAUUCCAUAUGUUUCGGCCUUUCGGCCAUGGCAAAGUCCCAACGCUGUUUUGCAGCCAGCAGUUGUGACAAGCACCAUGACAGCUAUUCUUGCCACACACGGCUUCAUGCUGGCCACCUGGGUUGGUCACUCCUACGGAACGUCGUGGCUUUCAUACAUGUGUAAAUAUGCUCCCAAUGCUGUCGCUGCUCUCUUAUUCCUAGACCCUGUGUGUUUCUGUCUCCAUUUACCCCGCUUGACGAAGUCCUUUGUCUAUACAAGAGCGGAUCCAGGAACCAUCAGCUACUUGGUUCGCACUGAUAUCAUGACAAACUGGACUGUUCAGAGAUCCUUUCCUUGGGCGUGGAUUGAUUUGUUUGUGGAACAUAUCGAAGUGCCUUGCUCAAUAUAUUUGAGCGAGCGAGACGCGCUGGUGCCGUCAAAUAAAAUAGCCGAGUAUCUGCGAAGCAAAGACAUACCAAUUCGAGAGUUCCAAGGCCAUGCUCCGGACGACUUCGAUGGGGCUUCUAUAAACUGCACAGUCUUUCUCGGCGUCGGUCAUGGAGACUGGACAGAGAAUACCGUGUUGACAGUUCCAGACAUUGCCAAUUCCGUCGAGGUGCUAUGCCGACGAGCGGAAUUACUUCAUGAGAAGUCGCAGUGAUAUACCCUCUAGCUUGAAAAGUAUCAGAGUUCACUCAUAAGAUUAAAAGCACCUCUCGUUGCCAUCGCGGAAGCCGAAGAAUAUUGAUUUGAGACAUGAAUGCCGCAUUCUUGCGCCAGAACGCAGUUGUUCGUAUCAGCUGCUGGUAGUGAUGUAAAUGGUAGUGUCAUGACAGGGUAUGCAUUUCUACCGACAAGCUGAAAUGGACUGGUCGAAGAUCAUUCACAUUUGUGCAUAAAAUCUGACAGUGAAUGGUCGAUGUGGGUCUCUUUUUUUUUUAAUGUCGGUUCUAACUGUGUUUUCCAAUUCUGUAUCGCGGUGAGGACCCGGGUUCCUCCGGGUAAUUGGAGAUUGCCCAAUAUACGGUAGAGAAUACACUAUUUUAAACUGAUGCGGCCGCAACUGUUUGCGAAGCCGACAAUGGCUUAGAUAUCUACCAGGUCCAGCGUUCAACAUAUGCAUUCUUCACAACCCUAAACCAGAAUAUUUUUGAUAGAUU